CCUAGUAAACAUGAGGUUUCCUGAGAUCAGAAACAAAACAGCGCAAUGGAAGGUCCACGAUCGACUAGGCUGGCUGAGGAUACAUGUAGCUAUUUGCAUCACACGUGAACGCUGCACAAGAGUUGCAAAGUAAUAACAAGUAAAAAUUACCUUCUCCAGGGUCGUUGCACUAGUUUCUGUCGACACACAAGGUUGAUUCAGAUAAGCACUGAAUUUAUCUGGGGGACAGGGGUAGAGGAAGGAGUGAUUCCGUGAAGAAGCGAUUUCGUUGGGGCCUAACAAAAAGGGCAAGAGCGCGGGAGAUGCAAAUAUAGAUAGAGCAGCGGAGAUCUGGACUUCUUCUGGAGUAGGGGAGACGGAACCGCGGCAUCCUCGGCAUGGAGAUGCUGGCGCUGCAGAGCGAGCAGCAGCUGCCUCGGCAAACCCUAGCUCGGAAUGAAUCUGUUGCUACAGUGGAUGAAAUUCAGGGCUCACCUUCACCCUGUCAUGGAGUUGACGGUGGCGAUUCCAAAGAUGGAGAAACAUCAGGAUAUUCAAUCCCGUUCCUCCCUGAGGAUAUCUGGCGCCAUAUACAUUCUUUAAUGCCAGUGGAUGCUGCUGCUCGUGCUGCUUGCCUCUCUCACACCUUUCUAAGUUCCUGGAGAUGUUAUCCCAAACUCAUUUUGAAUUGGCAUACGCUCUGCUCAAAGGCACGUGAUGGAAAUUUAAGAGGCAGAAUUGACAACAUUCUGAGAAAUCACUCAGGCAUUGGCUUGAAGAUAUUGAGGCUCCGUUUACAUUCUCCAAGCAUUUGCUUUCCUUAUAUUGACAAUUGGCUUCAGGUUGCUGUUACACCAGGGAUUGAAGAGCUCACACUUUGCCUACAUAAAAAGUACAAAUUUCCAUGCUCACUUCUAUCUGAUGGGGUUAGAAGCUCGAUUCAGUCUCUUCAACUUGAUUCUUGUGUCUUCCAUCCCAUGCUUGAACUUGGCCCAUUGAGAAGCCUAACAAGACUGAUACUAAGGGAUGUGUGUAUUACGGGGGAGGAGUUAGAGUGCCUUCUUUCCAACUCCCUUGCUUUGGAGCAUUUGGACCUCUGUACUUGCAAGGAGAUAGUUUUCCUGAAGAUACCUUCUGCAUUGCUGCAGCUCAGCUACCUGAGGGUUUGUGGAUGUUGGGAUCUGCAAGUUAUAGAGAAUAAAGCACCAAGUCUCUCCACUUUUACCCUUGUCGGGCAAGUUUCAAAACUCUCACUUGGAGAAGCAUCGCAAAUGAUGAAGGUCUUGAGCUUGCAGUACCCGAAUGUCGUCUGUUAUGCUCGUGCUAAGCUUCCAUCCAUUAUGCCAAACCUUGAAACUCUUGUGUUAGGAUCGAGUGCUGAGGUGAAUACACCGAUGCUGUCCACUAAAUUCCUCAACCUCAAGCACCUAACCAUUCAGAUUAGUGGAGAGACCUUGCCCCCAUCAUAUGACUAUUUUUCUCUCGUGUCUUUCUUGGAUGCGUCUCCUUCCUUGGAGACUUGGUACCUAGAGGUAUAUCCGGAAGAUAUGGAACAUGAAUCGGUUUUCGAAGGUUCUUCAGAUUUGAGGCAGCUGCCUGAAUACCGUCACGACAGCCUCAAGACUGUUGAGAUCAUAGGAUUCAGCUCUGCAAGGUGCUUGGUUGAGCUAACAUGCUGUAUUGUCAGGAGCGCAGUCUCACUCGAGCGACUCACAUUGGACACCCUUCGGGGUGGUGGUAGGUGUUCUGGGCGAAAUGAUGGUGAUUCCUCGGAUCAAAUUUGCAGUCCUGUUAGCAAGGCUGUGGUCAAGGAAGCCUUUAGAGGGGUGGCGGCGAUAAGGAAGUACAUUGAGGAUAAAGUCCCGUCUACAGCUAAGCUGGUGGUUCUGGAACCUUGCCCAUGGUGUCAUACCACUACAGUACUGGAUUAUUUUGGUAUGUAGAUCCUGCAAGUUGCAGAUGAUGAUGCUACGAUGAUGGAGGGUGGAAGCUGUCAUAAAGUUAUCUUAAUUAUGCAUGAGGGGAGGGCUGGUGAUGGAGAUGUAUCCAAUGCUAGCUCAGGAUUUUGAACUAGGUGUGUGUAUAUGUUAGAAGGAAUUAAGAGAAAAUAUAGGGAGUUAGGGACUUACGUUAAAUUCUCCAAGAUAAGAGGAUUUUGAACCUGGAUGAUCUAGGUGUACAGAUUGUACAACACUGUAGCACUUUCGUUUGUA